AUGAGCACACGUCUUACACGUUCUGCGUCGCGGCAGUCCCAUCGCUCGAACUUUUCCAUCAUCUCCGACGCCGCGCCGUCCACCACAGGCUUCUCUACACCACUCCCCGAUACGCAGACCCAUGACGAGCAGCUCACCAAGCUCACACCUGUCCAGUCUGCCGAUCAUGGCAAUGCGGCGGACGACAUAGGCCCACCGCCAGAUGGGGGUCUCGAAGCAUGGCUCUGCGUCCUCUCGGCCAUGUUCCUCCCCUUCUGCAUCUUCGGCUUCAUCAUGGCCUUUGGGCAAUUGCAAGACUACUAUCUCGAGCACCAGCUUAAGGGGUAUGACAAAGCGACAGUGGCGUGGCUGGGUUCGAUUGUGAGCUUUGCCGAGUUCUCGCUCGCCAUCUUCUCCGGCCGCUUCUUCGAUAUCCAUGGCGCACGCCUGCUUGUGUCGGCCUGCACUGUUCUCACCUUUGUCGCGAUCGUCGGCCUUGCUUUCUCGACCAAGUACUGGCACUUCCUCCUGUCGUUCCUCGCGUUCGGUGUCGCCGGAUCAUUGGCGUACGCGCCCUCCGGCGCCGUCGUCGCGCACUGGUUCCUCCGUCGCCGCUCGACAGCAAUCGGCAUCGUCAUCUGUGGCUCGGGCAUCGGCGGCAUCAUUUACCCGUUCAUGCUCGACAAGCUCUUCCAGCGGCUCUCAUAUCGCAACACAAUGCUCAUCAUCGGAGGAUUCAACUUUGUCCUCAUGCUUCCAGCGUGCUUCUUCAUGCGUGGUCGCCUCCCUCCUCGGACCCCGCCGCCCUGGCGCGACGUCCGUAGGCCAUGGUCAGAGCCACCAUAUGUCUUCCUUGUCCUGGGUGCCAUGCUGUACGGCAUGAACAUCAUGUCCCCGACCUUUGCUUCCCUGACGUAUGCACAGAACAACCGGCUUCCGGACAACAUCUCGGUUUACUCGGUCGCGAUUUUGCAGGCGGGUUCCGUCGUUGGCCGCCUCGGCUCCGGUGUGCUUGCCGACGCUAUCGGCGUGAUGAAGGUCUGGUGCUCGCUUGGCAUCGCUAGCGCAAUCGUCAUGAUCGCGCUUUGGGUGCCACCAGUUGGACCUGCGCCUGCGAUCAUUGGACUAAUCCUUUGGGGGGUGCUCAACGGCGCGUGGUUUACGCUCGCAGGCAGUGCGACGGCGGCUGUCUCGCCACUCGAGGAGACUGGGAUGCGCUUCGGAAUGCUCAUUACGUGUCUCGCGGUACCUUCGCUUGUGGGCCCCGUCAUUUCCGGUACGCUCAUCACUGCGGCCAACGACAAGUUUACUUACGCCGGGAUCUUCAUUGGCGUCAUGUUCCUGGUCUCGGGCAUUGUGUCGAACGGCGUUCCGGUGUGGGGCUGGUAUCGCCGACGCGCACAGGUCAGCGAAGAGAAGACUGCUGAGGAGGCAUCCCGUGAGUGCGAGGCGGGCAGUACCCUGGACGAGAAGGGGAUGGGUAUGGAGACCAAGUAG